AUGAAAUCCCAGGGCGAAGCAGGGGAGGAGCCCCAGCGCACCGAUUCCCCAGCUCAGCAGACAGGCGCAGAAACUCAGGAGGAGGCCUUUGAUGAGCCAGAUGACGAGUUAGAAGAGUUCGAUGAGAUAGGUGGUGAAGUGCCGGUGGACGCGGAGCUAAAGCAGUGGAGCGAAGACUGGGAUGCAGCAGGCUGGGAUGAUGAAGACCCAGAUGAUGAAUUCCUUGAGCACCUACAGCGUGAAUUGGAAGCUUUCAAAACAGCCUAUGCUAGCAGGACUGCGCAGACUCGCAAAGCUGCUUGA